GGAAGAAAGCGAAGACGCGUGACGCAGCGCUGCGCACACGGAGUCGCGCUCCUGCGUACACCUGCAUUUACAUAAAGUCCUCACGAUUUCCUCCUGUAUAUAAAUCGCUCGGCUCAUGACCGGACACAGGUGGAAGAUUAAAGGCAAGUCGUAGCUGAGAGAAUCACAGAGGCCUGAAAUGAAAACGGAGAGCGUGGCGCAGAGUGUGCCUUUCAGCGGCCGGAAGCAGAGUCUCAUCGAGGAUGCGCGCAGAGACCGGGAGAGGGAGAGAGACAAAGAGAGAGACAGGGAGAGCACAGCUGCGUCUCCGGGUCCAUCACGCAGCGGCGACAACUUGGUUUUCGAAGAGAAAAGCGGUAAAGUGACUCUCCACCUGCUCUUUACACAGAAGAACGACAAACACGCUGGCUUCUUCAAAGCGGGGAAAGUCUUCGAGACCUUUGAGGCGAAGCUGCUCCACCUGGAGACUCGUGCAUCUCGGAGGUGUAAGAAAAUGUCCUCAGAUGAGCUGGAGUUCUUCCUGCAAUGUGAAGUCCACAGCUCGGACACGGACGCCUUUAUGAACGCGCUCAGGAGAGUCGCAGACGAAGUGCGGCUACUGCACGACGACCGGGUUCCCUGGUUCCCACGAAAGAUCAGUGAUCUGGACAAAUGCAAUCACGUAAUUACAAAGUAUGACCCGGACCUGGACCAAGAUCAUCCUGGAUUUAGCGAUCCGGAAUACCGAAAGCGGAGAGCGUUUAUCUCUGAGCUGGCUUUCAACUUCAAACAGGGUGACCCGUUACCAUAUGUCGAAUACACUCCGGAAGAAGUGGCCACUUGGAGAGAAGUCUACAGGACUUUGACCUCCAUCUAUCCGACUCACGCCUGCAGACAGUUCCUGGACGGCCUGCAGCAGCUGGAGAGAGAGUGCGGUUACGGAGAGCACAAAAUCCCUCAGCUCAGAGACGUCUCCCAUUUCCUGAAAGAAAAGACAGGAUUCCAGCUGCGGCCGGUCGUGGGUCUGCUUUCAGCGCGGGACUUCCUGGCAAGUCUGGCAUUCAGGGUGUUCCAGUGCACGCAGUACAUUCGUCACUCCUCGUCACCCAUGCACUCUCCGGAGCCGGACUGCUGUCACGAGCUGCUCGGACACAUCCCCAUGCUCACAGACAAGGAGUUCGCUCAGUUUUCACAGGAGAUUGGUCUCGCUUCUCUCGGUGCGUCUGAUGAGGACAUAGAAAAGCUGUCUACACUCUACUGGUUCACGGUCGAGUUUGGGCUCUGCAAGCAGAACGGGGCAGUAAAGGCGUACGGUGCCGGGCUCUUAUCCUCCUAUGGAGAACUUGUGUACGCUCUCUCUAACGGACCCGAGUACAAGCCCUUCGUCCCCGCUGAGACGGCGGUGCAGCCCUACCAGGAUCAGACGUACCAGCCCGUGUAUUUCGUCUCCCAGAGCUUUGAGGAUGCGACGAAUAAGAUGAGGCAGUACUCCUCCACCAUCCAGAAGCCGUUCUCAAUCAGAUACGACCCGUACACCUGCUCCAUGGAGAUCCUAGAUGAAGCAGCUAAGAUCCAGAACGUUCUGGGCCAAAUCAGAAAGGAGAUGAAGAUUCUGCACAGUGCGUUAGAGAGACUGGGCCAAAGAUGAGUCCGAAAGCCUGGUUUAUUAUUAACUGCACACUAAACACACAUUCCAGUCACACACCAUUUGCACACCAAACACCAAUCACACACCAACCGAAAACCAAUCAUCUACCAAUCACACACCAAACGCAGAUCACACACUAAACACAAAUCACCCAUCAAUAGCACACCAAACAUCAAUCACACACCAAACACCAAUCCCACACCAAUCACCCAUCAACCUCACACCACUCACAUACUGUACCAUACAUAUAUGAAGCACAUCAGUUACCCAAUCACCCACCAAACACCAAUUAUACACCAAUCACUCACUAAUCACCCACCAAACACACAGCCAUCACAUACCUUUCGCAUAUCACUCACACACACCAAUCACUGACUAAUCACACACCGUGAUCACACCGUUGUGGAGAACAUGAGAUAUGUACAGUCUACACGAACAUACUCAGUGUAAAUAUUUCUUUCAUCCUGCAGGAUGAUCUUCAGUAGACUUUUUGUGCGUGUCCAGUAUAUAAACAUGCACUUAAUAAAUCUUUAUUUUUGACUAUU